GUUUCAUGUCUGCGGAGACGUUGAGAGACGUUGUGGUCAUCAGCUUUUAAAACACAUUUUUCUCUACAUGACAUGAUGCGCUGGUUUCUGGCUGGAUGCUGUGUGCUGGGUUCCAUCUAUCUCUCAGCGGCCGUGCCACAGCUCACCCAGAGGCCACGUUUCUUUGGUGCAAAACCCGGCUCCACUGUGGUGAUUUGGUGUUCAGGCAUCGGCAUCGCACGUUGGAACAAGGACGAUACGAAGGAGGAUCUGCAUUCUGAAAAAAGGAUUAAAUUUCAUCACACAAAUUUGACCGAGAACUACUAUCUCUUUAUCCAUAAUGUGACAGCAGAAGACAGUGGAGUGUACUACUGCAAGAUAAACAACUUAACGGGGCCUGGAACUCAAGUGAAGGUUGCCAAAACCACUAAUCUUGUCCAGGCACGGUACAGGACCAUGUUGAAGGACGGUCUCAUUAUUUUCCAGGGCUUAUUGUUGGCAUUUUGCAUAUCUGCCAUACUGCUACGCAGACAAACAAUGGCAGAAAAGAAGGACAGCAUAUAUGAGGAGCCUGAAACUGAUCACAUCUAUCAGGGUUUGGCAAUUGAGUCAUGUGGUGGAGGACUGUAUGAGGAACUGUCGGUGUACGCCCAGGCUGAUGGAGCCGAGGCCCCAUGGGAGUGAGACUGACAGUCUCUUUUUACCUUAAACGUUUGACGUAAAUAAAAAAUAAAUGACAGUGUGUCCUCAGUGGGCGACAUAUAUAACGUCAUUCAAGCACAAUACGUCGAUUUUUAUAUAGUUGUACUUUAUGGCAGUUGGCAUCUGUAAUGUUGCAUUAUCUCCAUCUUCUCUUUCCUCUGUUCUCCUUCUGCUCUCGCUUCGGAGUAAUUUUUGCCGAUGAAUGUCCAGCAAUGUUUAUACUUAAAUGUUUCCUAUUGAUUUUGUGCCAUCUAAGUGUAUUAUAAUAAUCUGAUGUGAUUGGAAGUACGCUGGCAAGCCUGAUUUUCAUGACAUUUGGUGCCUUUAGCUGUUUUUUUGUUCUGUCCCUGUGACAAAAAUGGUCAAAACUCUCAUUUAUA